AUAGGCUGCUGCCAGUCCAGAGUGUCUCAUGGGUCCCUGUACGGCCUCCCAUUGCUGCUGGUCGCCAUCGCCACAACUCUGCCAUGGUGCCACUUUCAUUUCAGGUCUCCUCCCACUGCUGGUGGGUUUCCAUUUUGUCAUAUAGGUGCUGGCAGAUUACAGGCCUCCCAUUGCUGCUGCCAGGCCCGUAAUCUGCCAUGGCCCCCGUACCGCCUCCUCAUGCUGCUAGCCAGGUCCAGAGUGUGUCAUGGGUCCCUGUACGGCCUCCCAUUGCUGCUGUCUCCAUCGCCACACUCUGCCAUGUGCCACUUUCAGGUCUCCUCACACUGCUGAGGGUUCCAUUUUGUCA